GGAGUCAUUGAAGGCGAGAAUCAGAGAGCUGAGGAGGCAUUGAAGGCCGAGAAGCAGAGAGCUGCGGAGGCGUUGGAUGCCGAGAAGCAGAGAGCAGCGGAGGCUGUGGAUGCCGAGAAGCGCAGGGCCGAGAAGGCUGUUAUCGCAUUGGAGGCCGAGAAGCAGAGAGCUGAGGAGGCUUUGGAUGCCGAGAAGCAGAGAGCAGCGGAGGCAUUGGAUGCCGAGAAGCGCAGGGCCGAGAAGGCUGUUAUCGCCUUGAAGGCCGAGAAGCAGAGAGCUGCGGAAUGUAUGAAGGCUGCGGUGGCUAAUGAGUGCUUGUCUGUUGAUCCCGUUCCAGAUUUGAGUGAUCCGCGCAGGAAAAUGAAGAUUAAGUCGAAAUAUCGUGAAAAAAAUGUUACGGAGUCGAUGCCGUUGUUAGAGCGUACGAAUGGUUCUGUAGAUGGGAGUUCUCCUGGACGUCGUUUCUGCCCUUUGUGCAUGGUGAUGUAA